AUGAGCGAUGGUGGCCUCGACUUCGGCGAGCUCUGCAGCAAGGAGGGGUGCACCUUCGAGCUGUGCCCGCCGGCCAACGACCGCUGGCACCACUACCCCUUCUUGAGGCGGCUUUACGAUGCGGCAUUGGUCCUGAACACGGAGUACGUCAUCUACUUGGAACCCGAUAACACGGUCCACGGGCCGAUCACGCACCCGCCCACCCACGACGCUGGAGGCAUUGACGUGCCCGGCCGCAACCUUGGCGAGAUCGCCUACGUGGAGGAGAGGGCCAGCAAGAUCAAGCCAGGGUUCAAGCUGACCAAGAUCGCCAUGAACACUGGCCUUGCUGGUGGCUCGUACUUCAGGCGGGCGGCAAUUUUGGAUGCGUUCAACGACGACAGCGUCGCCCAGGCGAGCAUGUCUCUGCCUCUCUUCUCUCUCUCUCUCUCUGCGUCCUCGGGACUCGGCGCCCGUGUUGCACUUCUGCGUGCCGAACUUGGCUCGAUGACGUUCGGGCACAGGCCCCCGCCCCUCAUGCGGCUGGUUGCCGUCUCCUCGCCUGUGUUUCGUCAAGCGCUCCGCGCCUCUGUCAGGCCAGGCGUCAUGUGCCACUAGACACGCCUGCGUGCACGUGU